AUCGCGACAUGGGGUUGCAGGCGACCAUGUUCAUUCGAUCUUCGAAACACCUUCUGGAAUACACUGCCUUUCUGGAAUCCAUUGUUCAAACCUGACCUAGGCGAAUUUGAAAAGCUGGUAUUUAUAAGUGUGGCCGCUUUCUGUCACCCGCCAAUAUUUUAUAUUGCUUCAUCUAAUCUGUGAUCUGUUGAACCUGUCAUCUCAACUACAUUCGUCCAUAUUUCCUAGCCCUUCUUGGCAUUCUGUUUAAACCAUAAUAUAGAAGUUGAAGACCCGGCGUCUCACAAACCAUCAUCCAUUUCAAGCAUCAUACCUCAAAAUGCAAUACUCUCAGCUCUUUUUCACCACUUUUUUUGCUGCCACCGUUGUAGUGACAGGCGCGCUCAGCAUCCAGCCUCGUCAAUCUUCCGUCGCUUGUAAUAUCGCGCGGUUGCAAAUCGUCAAAGCUAUCAGCGACACCAAAAAGGCAGUCGCAGACAUACAGGAUCCGGCUGUGCAAGACGCGGCUACUGCAGGUAUCCAGCAAGCUCAGAGUGGUGUCGCCCAAGUAGCACAAUCAAUAUUUACAGGUGCAGCCACUUCGGCAGCCGGACGCGAUGGUGUUGAAGCGGGUUUGAAUGCAACGAGUACUGCUCUUGCAGGAGGUGACACAACCGACACAGCUGUUGCAAAUGCACAAACUUCUCUAGAAGAUGCGAUAACUGCCGGUCAAGAUGUGCUUGCCAACUGUUAG